AUGGCAUUGGAGCUAGAUGGUGGCAAUAAUCGAGCAAUCAUUCCAACUCUUCUCCCUGCAGCAGAGCAGGAGCGUAUCAGACAGCAAAACAAGCCUCAGUAUCGACAGCGAUGGGGUUGGCGCGACGGCGAGAGUUUAACACCUUUAAACGACGAGGUCGUGAAUUUCGUACGAACGUACGCAUGGCCUAAAGAGACGGAGAUGGCUUUACAAGCACUGUUUGAUGCAGACUUUAAAGUGACUAAAGCUAUCGAAAACGUUCACAGUGCCCGCCGCGAAAAAUUAAUCGCAAGCCAUGAAAUGGCAAAGCAGAUACAAAAGGAUACAUUCGAGAGGGUUAUGGCCCAGCAUGGCAAGAAAUUUCAUCUUGUUAAGCGGAGGUUUCCAAAUGUGACAGUUAAGGAGUUAGUGAGCAAGUUUUACCAAUGGAAGAAAACGCCCGAAUAUGAAAUGUGGCACAACAGACAGAGAGAGAAAGGAAGAAAAAGGACGGGCGCACGCUUUACUCGGCUUCCUCGCACCGAGCAGGACGUUGAAUAUUGUACAAUUUGCUUAAAGGAAGGCACGCUGUUGUGUUGUAAUGGCUGUGAGCGAGCCUAUCACUUUACCUGUGUACAGCCUGCAGUAUCUGAUGUCCCGGAAGGAGAUUGGUUCUGCCCGUAUUGUCAAAAAGCUCCGAUAGUCAAUGCGUCAUGGGGAAGGCUUGAUGAACCAGCACGUCCGAUGUCGACAAAGCUGAAAGGCAGCAGCCUUGAAAUUGAAAGUGACGGCGAGAAAAGGACUGCAACUUGCGGUGGCAACACAACAAGUGUCUCUAGUCACCGCAGCCAACAAAAUGUAAUUCUGUACGAUGUCAUCAGCGACAAUAUCAAAGAGUCUAAGUCAGAUGGUAGUGUCUCGAAGGUGGGUCGAUCAUUCUUGUCAAGCAUGAAUAUAUCAAGAAAACGCAAGCAACAUUACGGUACAAUCAAAGUUGGUCAAACUCGCACUACCUCGCCUUUUAAAUCUUUGGAAGUUCUUAGCAGCUCCCCUCGAGAGAACGUCGAGAGUGUUCACCAAAGAAUCGGGUCCUUCAUAGUUGAAACCGUAUCUUCAUCACGGUCAAAGAAAAGGCUUCGCGAGUUUCAGCACGGUAAUCCACAAUCCAUCUCUCUAGGCGUAUGA